UACAGAAUGUCCACAGAGAAGAUGAAACAUGGAAGAUCUGAACAUGAACAAAGGUUAAAGACUGAAAAACGAGUUUACAACCAGAAACAUGCAACAAAGACUGACAGCAGAGUCAGGCACGUGACUGUGUUUGAUUACAGACGAUGAAAAUUAAAAAAUAAACAAGAUAAACAAAAUAAAUAAAGAUAAAUCAGAUCAAAAAUGAAAAGAUGCAGAUGAGAGAGAGCUGAUAUAAACAUAUGUUACAUGUUGAUAUUAAAGACAGACAGUGGACAGAGACAGUGUGGACAGAGACAGUGUGUCCUGAGGAAAGGGGCGGGGACGGUCACUUCACGUGUUACAUAAAGGUUUGCACGGAGCUGCUGCUGUUCGACACUCUGCAACACAGAACAACUCACCUGAAGUACACACAGCAGGGACACACACACACUGUGCAGAAACAUGGCGGCUUCCCUGCUGAGGAUAGGACGGCUGGGCUGUGUCAAGUGUCUGCAGGCUGAGAGCUGGAGCACUCUGAGGCGAGCUCCUGCAGCCUUCAGCACAAAAUCAGGAGGUUCGAAGAAGUCGUCCAAAAAGACGUCAGACAAAGACCAGCCUAAAACGUACUUCGAUUUAGAGAAACUUGUCCAGCACAAAACGUAUGACCUUCCCAAGAAAGAAGUCUCACCUCUAGCAGCUGCUGCUGCAGCAGAGGCUGCCGCUAAACCAAGCGCUGCACCCGAGGCCGUGGUAGAAGCUGCCGCCCCGGUGGUAGAAGCCACUCCGGCUGCUGAAGCCGCACCGGUUGUUGAGGCCGUUGCCGAAGCCGCGCCGGUUGUUGAGGCCGUUGCCGAAGCCGUUGCCGAAGCCGCACCGGUUGUUGAGGCCACUGCACCUAUUGUUGAGGCCGUUGCCGAAGCCUCACCUGUGGUUGAAGCCGCUGCACCGGUUGUUGAGGCCGUUGCCGAAGCCGCACCUGUGGUUGAGGCCGCUGCAGAAGAGGUAUCUCCAGUUGAAGCCACACCUGCAGUUGAAGCCGUUGCCGAAGCCGCACCUGUUGUUGAGGCUGUUGCCGAAGCCGCACCUGUUGUUGAGGCUGUUGCCGAAGAGGUACCUCCGGUUGAAGCCACACCUGCAGUUGAAGCUGUUGCAGAAGCUGCACCUGUAAUUGAAGCCGUCGCCGAAGUGAUUGCCGAAGCCGCACCUGUGGUUGAAGCCGUUGCCGAAGUGGUUGGCGAAGCUGCUCCUGUGGUUGAAGUUGUCGCUAAAGCUGCAGCAUCUAUAGCCGAGGCCACUGUCCCAGUUGCUGAGGCUGCUUCAGCAGAACCUGUUGUUGAGGCGGCUGCAGAAGCUGCACCAGUUGUAGAAGAGGCACCAGCUGAAGCCCCAGUAGAAGCAGCCCCAGAGCCUGUAGUCGAUGUUUCUGCCCCCGUCGAGAGCGCCGAGGAGCUGGUGGAUCCCGCUCCGGUCGUAGCUGAAGCUGCAGGAGAGGAGCUGCAGGCGCCAACUGAACCAGUUGAACCGACUGAGGCUCCGAUGGACCCGAUUCAGAAGCUCUUCUUGGACUCCAUACGCACGUACUCCACGAAAAGCCAGGUUACAGGAGGGCUGGUGGACGCAGGUUCAGAGUAUGAGAAGGCCUUAGCAGAGGAGAUCUCAAAGCUUCAGAGACUCUACGGUGGUGGAGACCUCACAUCUUUCCCAGAGUUCAAAUUCACAGAGCCGAAGUUUGACGAAGUCUCCCCGAAGUGAAACCUCAGCACUUUACAACUUUUCUACUGUCGCCUUCUUCCUGUUCUCCAUCUUUUCCUCCGACAGUCUGCUUCAGCGUCAGACUUUUACAGCGAGCCUUUCUUUGCCUCCAGCUUCAUGUGUGAGAAUCGAGUCUGUGAACUUAGAGCUGUGAAAUAUUAAGCUUUGUGUAGAUCGAGCUGAAUAUGUGGGAAACAAUAAAGUUCAUAUUUGUCGUCU